AUGUUAUUAGAAAAAAAAGAAACUCUUAGAUUCCAGUCAUCAGGGAAGCAGAUUCUUCAAGAGCUGAAACUUUAUGGGAACAGAAUUUCAUCCGUCGAAAAUACUGGGAGUUUGAAAGAACUGCGCUACCUUCAACUACAGUACAACUCAAUCACGACUUUAGGGGAGGGUCUGAAACUGAAAAACCUGAUUUGUCUUCGACUUGACCACAAUAACCUGACUGAAAUCAAGUGUUCUCAGCUCUGUGGAUGUUCGAAUCUGCGUAUAUUAAACAUCUCAAGUAACAGGCUAACUAAUUUGCAGGCGCUAAAAGUGUUGCCUCAACUUGAAGAACUUCUGGCAGCUAGUAACAAGUUGAAAGAACCUCCUGACCUUACUCCUUGCCACAACCUGAAGGAGAUAAAUCUUUCUGAUAACCAACUUACGAGAAUCAACGGGCUCCAUUUUAUGAAAGCCCUGGAGGUAGGUAAUACUUCAUUCUACAGGUUGCAUUUGGGACGAACAGACAACGGAGCAAUUGCUACCGAUAAAUGCAGAUGGGGAUAG